AUGGGCGUCCGGGCCGUCGGCGUGAGGCGGCGCGUCGUCGGCCGCCGCAGGGCCUCAGAGCGCGCGCCACUACGCGCGCCAACCGCCCACCGCGCCGCAGCGCGCCCCACUGGCACCGCAAGGCAACUCCUGCACAGCAGCGUCUUGCGUCGAACAACGCUGCCGCCGAAGAGCGCUCGUGCGGCCCAGGGUGGCAGUCACGCGCCGCGUGCAUUGCGCUCAGCGCUGCCAAUGCGCAGGGGAUCAGUGCAGGCCCAAAUGAGAAUCGGCGGGCAAAAGAACUCAUUUCGCACGAGCACACUUUGGUAUUCAAAUACAAUACCAAGUGGAAGCUUGUGGAGCGUGGGUGGGUAUGGGCGUGGGCGUAGCGUGCGGGCCGCAGAGGCCCAGCCCCACCGCCCGCAGCGCCAGCAGCAGAGGGCGGGCGACGGCGCGCAGCUCCCCAGCGCUCGCCCCGACGCGCGCCCCGUAUACAAAGCAAAGUUGGCGAACAAUCAGAAGAAGAAACUUGGAGUCGCUGUCCCAGUAACUUGCCCCGUCGCCGAAGAACCAGAAGUUCGUUUGAAUUGCCCGCGCAUGCUCACUCGCCACACCAACCUUGGACUCGGUACAGAGAAAUCCCUUGAAAAAAACUGGUUCUAUAUUCAAAAUAAUUAAUUUCAAAUGAACAAAAGAAAAUGUAGUCACCCACGAUGUAUAUUAAAAUUGCAAGUAUUAUAAAUAUCAAACAAAAUAUGACUUACAAGGUAUUUUGAAUUCAGCUUCCAAAUAACAUUCUUCAAACGUAUGUAUACAUGGAAAACAAUCUUAAUUUUAUAAAUAAGCUAUA